AUGUUGUUGAAGACCCUCGUGCCCGCCGUGGCGGUGCAGCUCGCCGCAGCCCAGGAGCUGAUGCGCUUCGGGUGCUCGCAGCUGACCAUCGACCGGAUCGACCCCCUGGUCGAGCCCGGCAACCUGCCGUCGGCGCACAUGCAUCAAGUCAUCGGAGGCAACUCCUUCAACGCCAGCAUGGCCCCCGACGCGCACGACCCCCCGACGGCGUCGACCUGCACGAGCUGCACGUACUCGGAGGAUUUCUCCAACUACUGGACCGCCAACGUCUACUUCAAGGCCCGCAACGGCUCCUACAAGCGUGUGCCCCAGGUCGCCAACUUGGGCCUCGGCGUCCAGGCCGGCAUGACCGUCUACUAUAUCCGAGGCUACCAGGCCAGCGCCAAGGUCACUGCCUUCAAGCCGGGCUUCCGCAUGCUUGUCGGCGACAGCACAAACCGGGUUGCCAGCAAGGUUCCCAAGGGCCUGUGCUUCCGCUGCGAGGAGAACAUGCAGCAGAACCCCUUCGGCGGCGCGCCCUGCACGGGCUCCGACAUCCCCGGCUUCCCCAACAAGGUCUGCGGCGGCGGGUGGAGGGUGACGGUGACUUUCCCGUCGUGCUGGGACGGCAAGAACACGGACAGCCCCGACCACAAGAGUCACAUCGCCUACCCGGCGUCGGGCACCUUCGAGUCCGGCGGCGCCUGCCCGGCCACGCACCCCGUCAAGAUCCCGCAGGUCAUGUACGAGACCAUGUUCGACACGCGCCAGUUCAACAACAAGGCCGACUGGCCCGCCGACGGCUCCCAGCCCUUCUACUGGAGCAUGGGCGACAACACCGGCUACGGCAUCCACGGCGACUACCUGUUCGGCUGGAAGGGAGACGCCCUGCAGAAGGCCAUGGACGGCAAGUGCGCCGGCGACAACUGUGCCCCACUCAAGAGGCAGACCGACGCCCAGGCGGUGGCCUGCACAAAGAGCCAGACCGCUCAUGAGGAUAUCGGCGACGAUUGGCUCACUGAGCUCCCCGGCGCAUCUGCCAUGCACAUGUGA